AAAGAGUUAUGGUUAAAGAAAACAAUAACCAUGACAUGAAUUAUUUUUUGUGAAAUUUUGUACAUUCGUUUGAUGGUUAUCAACUUGUUAUUGUUAUUAUUAAGAAAGUUAUAUGAUGAUAAACUAAUUAUGACUGACGUUGAAAAAAUUAUGCAAAUUCUGCAUGAAUGUCAUCCCAACGAAAAUGAAUUUAAGAGUAAGACAAAAGCGUUAAACAAGUCAAAAGAAUCAAGAAAGAAAUUUGAGAAAAAAGACUUGGAGAAAAUUAAGAAUAAUGCAGAAAAAUUACUCACAGAUGCACGGUGUAACUAUGUCGGAAGCAUUGAAUAUUCCAGUUUAAAUAGAAUGCUGGCUAUUUGUAAUUUAGAGAUUGGCAACGAAAGCACAGCUAUUCAUCAUUUGGUUGAAGCUCAUGCAGUAAUACUUCGACAACACAUCUUACAUAGAUAUCAAAAAACUCAAUUGCGUGAGUCUAUAUGGAAUGAAUCUCAAGUAUAUGGAUUGAAACCGACACAUGUAAAGUUUGAGACAAAAUUUAUAGAUAACAGUGAAUUGUUGAAAAGAAAACUUUUAGAUCUACCAAAAGAAUGGUACAUGAUUCAGAUUACUGCUCAAUACGAAUCUCCAACUGUAAUAAGGUAUGAAAGAUGCAAAUCUAAUGUAAUGCAUGCUAUACAUAUUACAUUACUUCCCACGGGUACAACUGACACAGAACCCUUAUGUAUAACUGUGCCGAAACCAGCUACGAAGGUUUCCUAUGAUAUCUGCAAAGAAAUACAGAGAUUAUUGGAUGAAUAUAAAUCUGCACUAAAAACCACUUACACGAAUAAACAAUAUUGGAUGAUGCGUGCAAAUCAAAACAAGAAAAUGAAGAUAGCUAUAAAUGGAUUGGAAAAUGUAUGGUUAAAAGAAUGGAGAGUAUUAUUUAUGGCUGACCCUAUUGAAAAUUUGGAAAUAAUAGAUGAUAUUCAUCAAAUGAUCGAUAAAUUGAUAUCAGAUUUUAAACCUCCCAUCGAAAUUUCAAAGAAAUGUAGAUGGCUUUUGAAAAAGAUAUCCACAGGUGCAUGUUUUCUUACACGUGAAGAAAUAGCGCGUGCAAUCAAAUUUCUACUUCCUGAACAUGCAAAACUUGUAAAUAAUAUCAUUUUCUCUAUUUACGGGAAGUUGUCAUAUAUAAAAGAACUAGAGAAUACAAAGCGAAAAACAUUAGUUCUGAUCAUUGAUGAGUAUAUGGAUUACUUAGCAUUCGAAGCUAUGGAAAUUAUUAAGAAUCAUCCCGUUACCCGAUUUCCAUCCUUGCAAGUAGCAUACGCAUUAUUCAAAGAACAUGAGGAUACUAUAGUAGAAGGUUGUAAAAUAAUUAAAGCUAAAGAAGAUAUGGGAACUUGCAUAGUCAAUCCUUCUGGUGAUCUUGAUAAAAUGGAAAAACGCAUAAAGCUUUUUAUGAACUUUUGGCUACCACAGUGGAGAAGUUGUUAUAAUAUAAAACCUGGCGAAAUGUUUGAAGAUGCGUUAACAAAUCACGAUAUUUUAAUGUAUACUGGUCAUGGAAGUGGUAUAGAAUAUUUAUCUGGCGAAGAUAUUGAAAGAAUGCGAGUGAGAUCUACCGUUUUAUUAUUUGGAUGUAGCAGUGUGAAACUAGUUAUGAUAGGUGGAAGAUAUCCACCUUAUGGUGUUUCAAAUCAAUAUUUAAUAGCAUGCAGCCCUUGUCUGUUGGGUAUGCUGUGGGAAGUGACAGAUGUUGAUAUCGAUAAAAUGACUACAAAUUUCAUGAGCAAUUGGAUUCCAUCGUCCUCAAAGAAAUCAUGGGCUGAAGUAGACAUAGAUAAUUGGAGUUCUGGAGUUGGUGUUACCCUAAUAUAUAGGAAAAAAGAAGAAAAAGACAAGAUAAAAAUGGAACCUGAAAUGUUGAGGGCAGUGGCAAAAUCCAAAAAUAGUUGUUCGCAUUAUAUGACGGCAGCUGCGAUAGUAAUAAGAGGUUUACCAAUAAAAAUAGUUUAAAUCCUCAUCGAUAUCAUAAAUUAUAUUUUUAUAAUGCUGAGAUACAAGGUAAUUUAUAUUUUUAAGUCGUGUAUAAAGCGGUUAUUUUCCGAAAGACAAAACAAAAAAAUAUAGUGAAUCUUAUAAAGCAAAAUUGUAUUUUACUUUUAAUACUUUGAUAUGAAGAUCUUUUUUAGAGCUUUAUAUAAAAAUAACAAAAUUGACUAAAGAAUGCUAUAUUUAAGUGUAUUAUAAAAACUAUUAAAAGCUUUUUAUAG